AUGAUGCCAUACCAUACUUUUCAGGUACCAUUUCCGCGCACCUGUUUUGAGGAUGGGCUACAAGAGGCUGUGUUCUAUCGAAUGAUAGACAAAAGUCCAAUUGUGUCCUGUUCAAAUAGACGCCAACCUAAAAUGAUUGACUUUUUUUCUUCUUCAAAGAGUUUUCGCUCGCCUAACGGCAGGAGAGGAGUGCGCUAUUUCCGGAAAGUCUGGAAGACUACCGACAAAAAGCCUGCACAGAAACUUCAAUUUGCUCUAAAAAGUUCUUCGGAUAAUCUGGUUUUCUUUGGGGGUUUCAUGCUUUGUCCUUCUAUGGACGAGGCAAAACAUGUGAAGGCAAGGAAGACUUUGUUGGGUCCUGAAUCAGGGUACCCAGCACCUUCGGAGAAAUUCCUUUUGCAAACAAAAUCCAGCCAUGGAGGAGCCCAGUACCUUGGCAACCGAGGGAUUUUGUUCAGUCUGUUCUUGACCACUACGUCAUAG